AUGAAUUUCUCUAACAAGAUCGAAACUGAAAUACUGGAUUUCGGUGAGGAGCCAGUAAAAAGCGUGGAUGAGAAAUUGGCCAUCUUAAAAUUUGAUUAUAGCUGGGCGGAGAUGGUAGAAAAGGAGGAAGAGAGAAUGAAGGAGGAAAAGGAGAGGUCCAAGAAUGGAAACCAGUUAGAAUUCAGAAAAGAUCCUAUGGAAAAUGUGAAAGAUAAAUUGGCCAUCUUAAAUGUUAAAGAUGAAGUGGUUAAAAAAGAGGAUGUACAGUUAAAUAUGAAGAAAAGACAAAGCGCAAAGAAGGACUACAAGAACUUUAAAGCUAAUGAAAAGAAAAUGAUGAAAGAGAAAGAGGAGGAAAAUCUGAAGAAAAAGAGACUGAAAAUACAGGUGGAAUUGUUGAAAAUGGAGAUUGAGAAAAGACUGAAGACAGAUGAAAAGAAAGUUUUGGGAGAGAAAGGGAAAAAAGAAGGAACAUCAAAAGAAGAUAAGGCAAAGAAAUCCAAGGUUGAGAUAGAGGAGUUUAGUUUGAAGAAAGACAGAGGGGAUAAUGAAAAAUGGCAGUUGGAAAAGAAGGACAGACUGAAGGCCAAAAAGGAACAACAGAAUGUGAAGAAAGAAGAUAUGACAGAAAGAGAAGAGAAAGUGAAAAACAAACCAGAGAAAAGGGAGACAGAGAAGGAAGAGGAAAUGAUAUUGCAGUUAGAGAUGGUAAGACAAUUCAAAUCAGAAAAAAUGACAAACAGAUCAGAGGCAGAAAGACAAGAUAAAGAGAAAAUAGAUGCAAAAGAAAAAAGAAAGAAAUCAGAUACAGAAAAUUUGGAGGCAGAACAGUUGAAAUCAGCAGCAAAUAUGGAGAAGAGAAAAUCAGAGGUAGUGAAGGAAAAUUUGCAAAUAAAUAAAGAGGACCAACUAAAUUCUGAUAGAGAAGAGACCAAACUAAAAACAUCAAAUAAGGUUGAAAAAUUGGAGAAAGAAAAAGCAGAGAAAACAUUAAAGGCAGAAAAGAGGGAAAAUCAGUUGGAGGCAAAAGAGAAGGAAAGGGAGAAAACAGAAUUAGUGAAGAAGGAAAAAUCAGAAACUGUGAUGAAGCAGAAAAAUUUGGACAGAUUGAGUGAGAUGCAAAAAUCAGAAACUGCAAAGAAGGAAGAAGACACAAUGAAGGAGAAGAAAGCAGAAACAGUAAAGAAAGUAGAGAGACUGGAGGAAGAAGAAAAAUCAGAAAUAAUGAAGGAGGAGCAAAAGUCAGACAAAGUAAAGGAGGAGGAAAAAUUAGAAAAUGUGAAAGUGGGGGAAGAAUCAGAAAUAGUGAUGGAGGAGGAAAAAUCAGAAACAGUGGAGGUGGAAGCAGAAACAAUGAAGGAGGAGAAAGCAGAAACAAUGAAGGAGGAGGAAAAAUUAGAAAAGGUGAAAGUGGAGGAAGAAUCAGAAAUAGUGAUGGAGGAGGGAAAAGCAGGAACCGUGAUGGAGGAGGAAAAAUCAAAAACAUUGAAGGAGGUGGAAGCAGAAACAAUGAAGGUGGAGAAAGCAGAAACAGUGAAGGAGGAAGAAAAAAUAGAAAAGGUGAAAGAGGAAGAAAAAUCAGAAAUAGUGAUGGAGGAGGAAAAAUCAGAAAUAGGAAUGGAGAAGGAAAAAUCAGCAACAGUGGAGGAGGAGGAAGAAACAGAAACAUUGAAUGUUCAGGAGAAAACAGAAACAGUGAAUUACAAGGAAGCAGGGACAAUAAAAGAGGGUGAAAAAUCUGAAACAGUGAUGGAGGAGGAAAAAGCAGAAACAGUGGAGGUGGAAGCAGAAACAAUGAAGGUGGAGAAAGCAGAAACAGUGAAGGAGGAGGAAAAAUUAGAAAAGGUGAAAGAGGAAGAAAAAUCAGAAAUAGUUAGGGAGGAGGAAAAAUCAGCAACAGUGAAAGAGGAGGAAAAAACAGAAACAUUGAAUGUUGAGGAGAAAACUGAAUCAGUGAAUGACAAGGAAGCAGGGACAAUGAAAGAGGAUGGAAAAUCAGAAACAGUGAAGGAGGGAGAAAAGGCAGAAAUAGUGAUAGAGGAGGACAAAUCAGAAACAGUGAAGGUGGGAGAAAAAGUAGGAACAGUGAAUGAGAAGGAAAAAUCACCUACAAUGAGGAAGGAUGAAAAAUUAGAAACAGUGAAUGACAAGGAAACAGAGACAAUGAAGGAGGAUGGAAAAUCAGAAACGGUGAAGGAGAAUGGAAAAUCAGAAACAGAGAAGGAGAGAGAAAAAGCAGAAAUAGUGAUGGAGGAGGAAAAAUCAGAAACAGUGAAGGUUGAGGAGAAAUCAGACACAGUGAAGGUUGAGGAGAAAUCAGAAACAGUGAAUGACAAGGUAGCAGAGACAAUGAAGGAGAAUGGAAAAUCAGAAAUAGUGAAGGAGAAUGGAAAAUCAGAAAUAGUGAAGGAGAAUGGAAAAUCAGAAACAGUGAAAGAGGGAGAAAAAGCAGAAAUAGUAAUGGAGGAGGAAAAAUCAGAAACAGUGAUGGAAAAGGAAAACUCAGGAACAGAGAAGGAGGUGGAAAAAUCAGCUACAUUGAAAGUUAAGGAGAAAUCAGAAACAGUGAAUGACAAGGAAGCAGAGACAAUGAAGGAGGAUGGAAAAUCAGAAAUAGUGAAGGAGGAGGUAAAUUCAGAAACAGUGAAGGUGGGAGAAAAAGCAGAAAUAGCAAUGGAGGAAAAGGCAGAAACAGUGAAAGAGAAGGAAAAAUCUGAAACAGUGAAAGAGAAGGAAAAAUCAGCUACAAUGAAAAAGGAGGAAAAAUCUACAGUGAAAGUAGAGGGGAAAUUAGAAACAGUGAAUGACAAGGAAGUGGAGACAAUGAAGGAGGAUGGAAAAUCAGAAACAAUGAAAGAGGAGGUAAAAUCAAAAACAGUGAAGGUUGGAGAAAAAGCAGAAAUAGUGAAAGAAGAGGAAAAAUCAGAAACAGUAAUGGAGAAAGAAAAAUCAGAAACAGUGGAGGAAAAAUCUGCUACAGUGAAGGAGGAGGAAAAAUCAGCUACAGUGAAGGUUGAGGAAAAAUCAGAAACACUGAUGGAGAAGGAAAAAUCAGGAACAGAGAAGGAGGAGGAAAAAUCAGCUACAGUGAAGGUUAAGGAGAAAUUAGAAACAGUGAAUGACAAGGAAGCAGAGACAAUGAAGGAGGAUGGAAAAUCAGAAAUAGUGAAGGAGGAUGAAAAAUUAGAAACAGUGAAGGAAGGAGAGAAAGAAAAAACUGUGAUGGAAUGGGAAAUAUUAGAAACAGUGAUUAAGGAAGAAAAAUCAAAAGCAAUGGAGAAAUCAGAAAUAGUGAUGGAGGGGAGAAAAUCAGCAACAUUAAAGGAAGAGAAAGCAAAAAUAGUGAUGGACAAAGAAGCAGAAACAGUGAAGGAGAAAGAAAAAUCAAAAACAGUGGUGGAUGAGAAAAAAUCAGAAAAAGUGAAGGCAGAGGUAAAAACAGAAACAGUGAAGGAGGAGGAAAACUUAAAAAGGGUAAAAGAGGAGAAAACAGAAACAGUGAAGAAAAGAAAAAAAUUAGAAACUGUGAAGGAUGAGGAGAAGUCAGAAACAGUGAAGAAAAGAGAAGCAGAAACAAUGAAGGAUGAGGAAGCAAAACCAGUGACAGAGGAGAAAAAAUCAAAAACAGUAGAGGAGGAGGAAACAGAAAGAGUGAAGGAGGAGGAAAAAUUAAAAACAGUGAAGGAGAAGGAAGCAGAAAUGGUAAAGGAGGAGGGAAAAUUACAAAUAGUGAAGGAGGAGGAAGCAGAAACAAUGAAGGAGAAGGAAAAAUCAGAAAUAGUGAAGGAGAAAGAAGCAGAGACAUUCAAGGAGGUUGAAAAAUCAGAACCAGUGAAUGACAACAUAAAUUAUACUCACAAAAGACCUGUUUGGCACAUAUUCCUUUGUGGUACAACCUGUCUGCCUGAGAGAAAAAGGCACAAGAAAACAAAAAGAACUGGAUUUUUUGCAAGAAUACAGAAUUUCUUUAGGAGAUAA